GUCAGAGGAAGCGAAUUUAAGAUCACGCGCAGUGACGACCCCAGCCACAUCCCUCUGUUACAGACCACAGGUGACUGUUUGGGUGGACAAACAUUCCGAUCUAAAAUCACAAGUUAUGACUCAUUACUGAACUUGUUGAGGAGAUCUGAAGUAUUUAUCAUUGAUUGUGUAGUGAUGAAUUGCAUCCAAAGCGCCAACAAGAUCGGCUUCUGGUGUGACUGGAAUGGUGGGGAUGGAGCAGUGAUGAUGAUUGGAGGAGGAGGAGAACCUUCGAUAGCUACUGUUCUUUUGAAAGCCAAAACUUAUGGUCAAAAAAAGAAAAAUCUAAAAAAAAGUCUGCCAUUGUCGGAUGACGUCACCGAGUCUUAG